CUGAGUGUGUCCUCUACCAUGGCGAGAGAGGUCACGAGAGUACAGGGAAGGUACCCUACUACUUCCUCACUCCCCAAGGCUGCUCACUUGCUCCUUGGACGUCGCGCGUGCAUCUGCAAUAGCUCCUUGUCUCUCCACUGGCAGCAGAUAUUAGAGAAGCGAUCGUGAACCACAACGGAAUGGCGUUCUUGCACAUGGUUAUGCUGGCGAGUGCGCUCAGCAUGGCCUUUGGGACGACAGAACGAACAGAUACCGUGGAGCCACAGCAGCCUGGGGGAUGCCAGGUACUGCCAUCGCUCCUUCAGUCUGCGGGCUCGUCCCUAAUGUGCAUUGCAGCCUCUUUGACCAACUGUCAAGCAAAUGAAAAUGCUCAGCUGUCCAUUGUGCAGGACCUGCGGGACACCCUGUCUGAGUUGCGGCAGUUGAUUCUCGACGUGGAGGGGCAGCGGCGGCGGCCGAGGCACUGCCGCGACCUGCAGCUCGACGGUGACUCCGAGUCGGGCGUCAGACGCGUGUUCCCCUUCCGCAACUCGCCUGACACGGCCGCGACAGUCUAUUGCGACCAAAGGACCGACGGCGGCGGCUGGACGGUAUUCCAGAGGCGGCUGAAACUCCCUGUGAGGGAGGACUUCAACCGCACGUGGGUCGAGUACGAGCUCGGCUUCGGCAACAUGGACGGCGGCGAAUUCUGGCUGGGCCUCGACCUCGUGCACCACCUGACCUCGACCGACCCACAGGAGAUGAGAAUCGACCUCACGGACUACGAGGGCAACGCGAAGUGGGCCAAGUACGGGGUCUUCAGCCUGGGGGACGCCAGCACCAAGUAUCGGCUGAAAGUCGGCAGUUACAGCGGCACAGCUGGCGAUGGCCUCGGCAAUGGCAGACACAACGACCACCCGUUUACCACGCACGACAACGACAACGACGACAGUGAUGCGAACUGUGCGAUCCUCUACCGUGGUGCUUGGUGGUAUGACAAGUGCCACAUAUCCAACUUGAACGGGUUUCCUUAUGAAGGCAAACACGUGAGCUAUGCGGAUGGCAUCGAGUGGCAACCCUGGAGAGGAUAUCGUUACUCGCUAAAAUCUACAGCAAUGAUGAUAAGGCCAGUAUCCUGAAGCUUCUGCUUCAGGAUCAAUAUUCAUUAUACCAAAAAUAUGGUUAAAAUAACCAUGGUUUGGAUAUUAAUGUAUAUACUGCUGCAGAUCUAUCUCUUGCAAAAUCUAUUAUGAAGUGUUAAAUGCCUGUAAUCUUAAAAUAAACAAUAUACCAAUA